AUAGUGGAUCUUCUCCCCCUCAUAUAUUUCAUUUGUUUUUCUCACUGCCGUAGUUUCCAAAUGCAGGUCAAAAUACUUCCGAUGUCACAGCUGGGAAAUGGAAUAGUACAAGAAUCGGAUCUUCCGUGGAAUUGAAAUUGAAAUGUGGAUAUAUGUAAUCGUGCUGAGUCAUGCAAUCAAAAAUCAGUGUUGAAAAGCCAAAGUAUGAAUGGAUCUGUUUGUAGGAAUGGAGAAGUAGUUGUAUCUGCUGUUGAAUUGUCACAAUUUUUCAGCGAUGGAGAAACCCUAGCCUUAAUACAAAAUGUGAAAUUGGCGACACCAAACUAGUAAUGUUUUCAAGAGGUUCCCCACUCCGUGUGUUUUGUUUCGGUUUAACCGGAUACCUGGUUCUCACAACUACUCCUAUUCUUGGAGUUAUUUGUUUCUGCCAUGGUUCACAUAUGUCUAUUUCUAGGUUUUGUCAGCAUUCUGGUUUAUCUGAUCUUAAUCCUGGCAAUGCUGUUCUAAUGGACAGUGGUGUAACCAUAGCUCACUGGCGGAAGCUCUUCUUCCAAAAACUAGGGAUUAGGGCUCCGGAAGAUCAUGGUGGAUGGGACUGGCCUGAAGUAUUUCCAGUGAGUACUAGUUCGGCAGAGUUUUAUCCAUCCCUUCCCAAUUCAUCUCCAAAUUUUGAGCUGUCCGGCACAUUUGGAGCUUCAAAUGGAGCUAGACAGUCAUGGAACAAUAUGUCUAUUUCAAAGAACCCUCAGCGUCCACCAUUGUCAAACUUAGAUGGGAUACAAGACCUGGAGAAUGGAUCUUCAUUUCUUUUAGAUUAUAUUGGUUCAAAUUCUAAGGACACAAAUACUUUCAAUUCUCUUCCAGAUCUCAAAAUUUUAAAAUCGUUUGGUAUCAACAGUUCACUAUUGCAAAUGGACGGAAGUAGUGUCUCCUCAAGUAUUGAGUUGAGACUUGGGCAUCCAUCCCAGCAAAGCAAAAAGUUGGGAACUUUAGCUCCACAAACUUUUGAGUAUCAUUCCAUUGUCAAACCAAUGGAAUACCAACAACCAUUGUUUCCAGAGCCCCUUAUGCAUAAAGCAGUUGAAUCACAGGCAGUGGAAGAAAGCAAGUCAAAUUUUCAUAUGUUGAAUUCGAGUUCAAUAAGUGGAAAGUGCCAGCCAGACCUUGUCAACUCCGCCUAUGGACUCCACAAUGCAACAAGUGAAUCCAGAACUAGAAAUUCCAUAUUUCCUGUGGUACAAGCGCAGUUCAAGGGUCCUUCAGAAAGACUACUGUACUCUGAAGAUAUAAAAAAUAUGGUUAAUGGAAGUCAUACUCCACCCAGAGAACCUCAGUGUAAAUCCCUUACUCUAAAGUGCAACCAAAUUGAUUUUCAUUGUGCUAGAGGUAAGAUGACUAAUAAGGAAUUUAAUGUUGAUACUUCAUGUGCUCUUGGACGUGGAAACAGUGAUAAAGUUGUGGCCAACAAUAGUGUUAAUUUACACAGUGCUGCUGAGUUGAACUUUGGACUCUACUCCAAGAAUUAUGAAAAUAAAAGGACUGUUAAGAGAAUUGUGGAAGGGCUUAGUCAUAGCAAUCGCUUGGCCUUACAUGAGAAGAACCUUCAUUCAUGCAAGCCCUGUGGUAUUAUGAUGGAUAUGCCUGAUGCUCAGAACACCCUUAAUUUGUAUGGGAAGACAUCUUUAAUUUCUCAUGAUGGACCCUUUGAUAAUGGUAAUAUCAGGUCUGUCUGUAAACCAAUGUCUACAGCAGCUCCACCAUCGCAGGCAGUCCCUUUGGGGCCAUUAUCAAGUUCAACUCUAAUUGGAAAUCAAACUCUACAACUAUCUAACAAAGAGUGUUUGAAUGGAAGGCAGGUUAAACUCAGUGAGAAUCCAAGACCACGAACCUUGCAUCAUAGGUUGGAGGUUCCUACUCCUGCACCUGUCAGUUCCUCUACCACAGCCUCCAAAGGGCAUAUGAUAUGCAGGAAUCCUUUUUACAUAGCACCAACAUCCAUAAACCAGUUAUAUGAACCCAAUGUUGUGAAUAUGCUACAUGUGUCUAAGACUGCAGCAGUAUCUGCCUUCUCUGGUGUUAGUGAUUAUGUGGGAAAGCAUAUUCAAACUAUAGCUCCUAUUACUGAUAAGCUUGAAGGUUUUAAUUUUUCAGCUUUAUCACGUGGAGCAUCACUGCGUGCUCAAGACUCAGGAGUGUACUGUCAGUUUUCCUCUGAUUUUAAUGCAGUUCACUGGCCUUACCUAAGACAUGGAGGCUCUGAAGGUAAUAUUUCUCCAUCAGUUGAGCAAGCAAAUUACUUUCCGGAAGCAUCAAAUUCAUUUAUGUCUUGCCUCUGUAACUGUGCUGUUCAGCCGGAUGUUUUUGUUGAAAAACAUCAUUUCAUUGGUGAACCUCUGGAUACUUAUCAGGUAGAACAGAGUGACGUUUCUGGCUGCAUUAAGAAUUUAUUUGCUUGUAAGUUGAAUGACAGUCAGAAAGUGCCCUUGGACAAUGUGGCCUCUUUGGCAGGAAGUGAUUUAAUGUGGAAUAGGAUAAAUAAACUGGAGUGUCACUCUUCUCAAUGGAGAGAUGUUCCCAAAAAGGUGACUGGAGCAGUUAGUCUGACAUUUAAGGAACAAACAACAGGUUUCCUGAACAUGAAUGAAAAAAUGAGGGGACAAAGUGCUGAUGCCAGUGGAAACAAACCCAGUUGUGAUGUUGCUUUUCAAAAUGUUGAAUAUCUAAAGGAGCCAGAAAUAUCCAAUGUUUCUUCUGGAGGAUCUGCACCUGUUGUUAGUGAGGCAUCUGCGGUGAUUCAUGACAAUGAGUUCACUACUGAUGAUCAAAAGACUGUGGCAAGUAAUGUUGUAGAUGAAGGAUCAGGAAUCAACAGAUGUUGGUCAUCUAGUGAUGCACAAGGCAGUGAACAAAGUGCAGAGUUUCUUGGUGUUGCUUGUGAAUUCAACCCCAUGGAUGCAGGACCAUCCAAAGGGUUUGCUGAUAAUUCUUCUGAUAGUAUGAUUGAUGAACUUCGACUAAGAGAUCCCUUAAAAUUGAACAAAAUGCAGAACCAUUCUAGCUUCAGCAUUCAAGAAAAGAGCCACCAUAUUCAGAAAGUGUCUGAUUUCUCCAAAAAGGUAAUUAGAAAAAGAACCAAAUGGAGAAAGUUGGAUAUAACUCUUCCUACCGUCUACUCUGCUUGUGGCUAUCCAGAGGAUACUUGUGGUUCUGGUCUGCAGCAUCCGUGCAAUGAUGAAAAAGGUGCCCCCCUAUCUGAAAAUGGCAGUGCAGAAAAAUGUGUGUAUUCCAUAGAACCAAGUUUCAGAGAAAGGAGAUUCAGAAUGCGUUCAUUGAAUACUCUUUCUUGCAGUGGUAAAGUUAAUUGCCAUGAUGCAAAAGCUGUUGGUACUCAGUCAGAUCUUUUAAAGGUCAGUGAUGAUGAUACCUUUGUAGCUUGUGAAUUACCAAGAAGAAAGAGAAUGAAACUGGACACUGCAACACCUGUUAGGCAGGCAGAUGAGGGAUAUUAUCUAGGUGUUGACGCUGCAGCUAAGUGCAGUUUGGUAGAUACCUCUAUGUUUCCUGAGAUGCAUGAGAAGGAUUAUAGAAGGGCUGUAAGACCUAUAGUGGGGCAGAAAUAUGGAGUAAUUUCUAAUGCGAAUCCAUCAAAACCAGUCAAAUUUGUUUCUCUAAGAAAAAUUUGUGACUUAUUGGAAAAGUAUAGCUCUUCUGGAAACUCCACUGCAAAAUUGACUUCUGUAAAAUUCAGGAAGGCAAGUGCAAAAGAAAAACAUCGACGCAUUAACAGUUCUCCAUAUCUCAAGAAAGUCAAAAGUUGUAAUGCCAAUUGUGUUGUAACUACCAAAAAAUCUAAAAGUCAUCUCUUGAUAUCUAGUGAAUUGGAUCCUUGCCAAUCAUUAGAGCAAUCCAAAAGAGCGCAUUGCCAUGGAGGUGAACAAGGGGCUCACUUAUUCUACUCUCUAGAGAAGAGAAGGUAUGAUUACCUUAUAGAAACUGGUAAUAUUGCAGAUGAUUCUCUGCCAACUCCACAGAAGCCAUUGUCCAAGGAGUUUCACAAACAGGGCCUUAAUGAGUUGACACUUGAAGUAGGUAUUCAUCCAGGAGAAGGAGGUUCUACCUGUGCUCGAACAGAGGGAUACAAGGGCCGCAAAAAGGAAGGAGUGCGGUAUAAUCUUCAUCAGUAUUCUGAGUCUGACGGUGGAGGCCUUGUUGCCCAGGAGCAAUUAAAUGCCUGGAUUCACAUAACUGGACAAAAGCCAUCAAGAAAGGAGAUUCUGAGGCUUCCACCUAAAGAUGUUGGAUAUGAUUAUCGGAAGGAAUAUGUUCGCUAUAAGCACUCCAAAGGGUGGAAGAGUUUGGUUGUGUAUAAAUCUGGCAUUCAUGCUCUUGGUCUUUACACGUCUAGGUUUAUUUUAAAAAGCGAAAUGGUUGUUGAAUAUGUGGGUGAGAUAGUGGGGCUCCGUGUGGCUGACAAAAGAGAAAUUGAGUACCUGUCAGGAAAGAAAUUGCAGUAUAAGAGUGCUUGUUAUUUCUUUAGGAUUGAUCAAGAGCAUAUAGUCGAUGCAACCCAAAAGGGAGGGAUUGCCCGAUUUGUGAACCAUUCAUGCCUGCCAAACUGCGUUGCCAGAAUCAUUUCUGUGAGGAAUGAGAAGAAGGUAGUAUUUUUUGCUGAGAGAGAUAUCUAUCCUGGAGAAGAGAUAACAUAUGAUUACAAUUUUAACCAUGAAGAUGAAGGCGAAAAAAUCCCCUGCUACUGUAAUUCAAAGAAUUGCCGGCUGUAUCUAAACUGAGAGAGCUUGAUACUUCAUAAUCUGGGAGCCAAUUGAAGUAUAUGGAUGUAAUUAUUUGGCCUCAGCAGAAGUACGUGCUAAUAUUCUCGUGAAACGCCAGCACCAUUGUUUAUAAUCUUGUACAUUCAGAUGUAUGUAUGUAAAUAAAUAUUUUAUUUUUACGUUAAAUAUCUCGAUCUGCAGUUUUUUGGUU